AUGGUAUCUGAAAACGACUAUGAAAAAGAGCCUCUUGUAGACAAGUCUGAGGAAAACGAAAUUACAUGGAAGGAUAUUGAAAAACAAGAAUUUGCCGAACUCGCUAAGAGUCCUUAUGACCUAUGGCUCAUCUAUGUCAUCAAAUUCGUAGGGUUCGAUUGGGUCGCAAUUAUGUUUGUCGUAAUUGCAGUUUAUUGUACAGAUAUUCUCGAUUUAUCAGACCCUGAAUACGGCGCUUUUGCUUUUGCAUGCGGUUUUGCAUGCUUAUUUUCAGCCUUUUUCUUGGGCAAUCUUCCAGACAAAUUUGGAAUAAGGAAGUCUAUUUUGACAAUUGCUGUUACUUGUUUAAUUGCCUAUAUGGUCCUCGUUACUGUGUCCAAUGUGGCAGUUCGCUUAUUUUUUGUUUUCAUCAUUAUGUGUGGACCAUUAUUUUUGAAUAACCCAAUUCUCAAAUAUGCUGUUAAAAAGUACACAACAGGAAAAUCAAGGAGUCUUGCAUUUUCAUUUUAUCUGUGCAUCAUGUUUUUUGGAGAGUGUGUUUCGAGCAUAUUUGUAGGGGUUGCUUUAAGCAUUGGAUAAACAUUAAAACGGCGACAAGUGUUAACCUGCCCUCUUGGCGCAGCAGUCCAGACCUUAUGGCUACGGAAAACUGGGACGGACUCCUAGCUGAGAAUCGAGUUCAGGCUCAAGAGAUGUGUAUCCAGGUAGGUUUCGGCUGUUUCCUGUGGUUGGAAAUUGAGAUGCUUACAAUGUCCUUUGGAUCCGAGGACCCAUUGGCAUUCUUCUACCGAGAAAAUGGGGUUUUCCGCCCAGGCCAAGGGAAACAGUCUUUUCUUGCAGCUGCCAAAGAAAGGCACUUCGCACCCGAUAGACUCCAAGGGGUUGAUCCUUGGAAUCAAGCUACUCCAUCGCCCGUAGCAGGGCCUCAGAAAUACAUAAGCCCCAUUCAUGACAGAAAGCCUAGAGGGAGGAGGAGACAGAAGGUGCUGUAAAGGCAGUCGUAAGAGGGAUAGACCCUUUGGGCUGGAGUCUAAAAGCGAUAGAACCUUCUGUACAAGAGGUCUCUGGUGACUGCGCCACCAAUAUCGCUAGCUCCUGACUAAUAAUCCUAAUCCUAAUCCUGCUUUAAGCAUUGGAGAUACGGAUGAAAGCACAUUUAGGCUAAUAUUUUUAGUCAUAGCUUGCAUAUUGGUGGUUAUCAUAAUCCUAACAUUUUUCCUUACACCCUCUCCAUAACUGAAAAAAAUAGUUUGAUCGAUUACUAGGGUUUUUUUAAAAUGCAUAUUUAAAAUUCCGAUUCGAAAUAAUUGAUAGCAACUAUGAAUUUAAUUUGUAAAAUUUGUUUUAAAACGCAAAUUAUAUUUUCGCUAUAAUAAUAAUCACAUGAAUCGAAAUUUUGUUUUUUCAUAAACAUUUUUUUUAUAUUGAAAAAAAUGUUUGUUUGCUCGAAAAAUAGGGAUUUUUCAAUGGUUUUGCUGGCUCUUCGAGGGGGAGUUAGGGAAUUAGAUUUUGAAUAUAGGGCUCAUGAAGAGGUUGAUGCUCAGAAAAAAAAAUGGUCAACAAAAGAAUAUUUAACAAGGGCAUUAAGUUAUAAAUCAUUCUGGAGGUAUCUAGGACUUAUUCUUCUGGAAUCGGUCGUUUUUACUUUAGAAAACCACAUCGCCAUAACGCUUCCGCUCUAUAUGGAAAGAGACAUAGAUGAAGAUGCGCCAUUUGCAUAUUUUAUUGGAUUAUACCAGAUUUUAAUGACAAUUUUGUGUCCAUCACUGUCAUUUUUGGUAAACUAUUUCGAAAAAUAUACACUAUUUCUCAUGAGUUCGGUGAUCAUAUCUGUGGCACCACUUGUUUUCGUAAUUGAUUCAAGCUACACUACUCUGACCUUGUUUAUAGUUCUGGAAUCUAUAGGUUCAAGCGUGUUCUUGCCAAGACUAACCGAUUAUGCUUCAGAGAUUACCCCUCAUGGAAUUGAGGGAAUCUAUUUUGCUCUAUCAAGUUUUCCGUUUUCAGUCGGAUUUAUGCUGGCAGGAUUAACAGCAGGCGUUACACUAGAUUCUUAUUGUCCAGAAGAUGGAGAAAAAGAGUGCUGGAAAGUGUGGCUGAUUAUUUCAGUAAUAUCGUCCACUGCGACUAUAACGCUAUUUCUAACUAGAAAAUGGCUUGAAGAGCCUGUUUUAGACACACAUCCAUUUGUUUCAUGGUCAAAAUGGUCAAAAGAAGAAGAUGAUGAAGAAGAUGAUAAUUAA